AAAUAGUUCGAUAUAUCCCUGCUAUAAAGCUGCUGAUUACUGUAUUACUAUACAUGUAUGUAGAUAAGGUUUACUGUAAUAUAGUACUUAAUAAUUCUAAGCCACUGUUUCUGCUCACAUUUACAGGUGUAACUACAAAAAAGGAACCAGUAUUCUCUGAGUGUUUGGGACAUAAUCUGCUUGUAUGUGAAGGUUCUGUACUUGCAGUUGUUGUAACAUUGGUUAUUAGUCCAGCACAAUUCCAGGUGCACCUUCCAUUUGGAGCAGUGUGUCUUCGGACAUUACAUGAUGAUGAAAGAAGAACGGACUUGGAGAUGUUAACGUCGGACAUGCAAGAGUACUACAAAAAUACCUCGACCCAGUUACAAAUGUGUCUGCCUGCACCUGGAGAGCUAAAGGCCCACUGUGAGAUCAAAGAAGGAAAGCUAGAUUGCUCAAGAGUUCGUGUCAUAGAUGUAAAAGGAAAAGAAAAACUUUGUCAAGUUCAGGUUUUCUUUAUUGACUUUGGUUAUAUGGAAUGGGUUCCUGAGAAACAGCUUCAUCCACUUUCCAUAAAGUUCCUUCAUCUACCUCCACAAGCACUAGAAUGCCGGUUAACUGGAGUUGAGAUUCCAGAUGAGGGAUGGAAUCCUGCAGCUGCCAGUCACCUGAGUGAGUUGACAAAAAAUCAGGUGUUGGUUGCUUAUGUCACUCACGUUGACAGAGACCAUCAGCGACUGGGUGUAAUUCUCCUUGACACUUCUGAAGAUCAAGAUAUCAACAUUAAUGAAACAUUUUUGAGGAAGUUCCAGAUAAAGUGAAAUAAAAAUUACAACAUGUUAUCCAAAGUCUAACUAACCAAGUCUAGCAAUGAGCCGAGCUUUUUUGUGAAGUCGUUGGCCAAGGCGAAUAUUCUUGCUAUAUUUUCCCAUCCCCUAGCACACUAUCUUUCAGUUAGCCACUUGAACUUCUCAUGUAAUCAUUAUUUUUAUACAUAUUAUUAUUAACAAUUCUCUUCUUCCUCUAUUAUUAUUUUUACAGUGGUCCCUCGAUUAAUGAACACAAUUGG